GGUGUGGCUUGGGAUGGGAACAGCUGGACAGAUCUUUGCUAUUAUUAUCCUGCUGCUGCUGCUGCUGUUUUAUACAUCUGCCAUGCUACUCCAUCCCAACUGCCAUGUCAUCUAGUGCUGCGCUGCCAGCCUGGGAGAUCCUUACUGUGCCGCUGCUGCAGGUACUGGAGAGGAAAUAGCAACGUUUUGUAAAGAUGCCUGUCCCUCCUCCUCCCCCUCCACCCCCACCACCAACAUUUACACAGGCAAAUACAGACAAACCUUCAUUAAGCAAAUCAGAUCAAUCAAACAGGAAUGCUCUCCUCUCAGAUAUUAACAAAGGGAGGAGAUUGAAGAAAGCUGUAACCAAUGACCGGAGUGCCCCAGCUUUAGACAAGCCCAAAUCUUCUCCUGGAGGUGGAAGUGGUGGUGGUGGUGGUGGUGGUGGCAGUGGCAGUGGUGGUGGUGGCGGAGGAGGAGGGGGUGGAUUUGGGGGACCACCUGGUUUAGGAGGAUUGUUCCAAGGAGGAAUGCCAAAGCUUCGAUCUGCUGGAUCCAGGGAAAAUGACUCAGGGGGAAGCAGACCACCGAUGUUACCACCUGGUGGAAGAACUUCAUCGCCUAGACCGUUUACACCACCGGGUGGAAGUCCAAGAGGCCCAGCACCCCCUACAGGUAACAGGGGUAAUGUUCCAGACAUUCCAAGAAAUCGUAUGCCUCCACCAAGAAAUGAUUUCAGUUCCAGAUCAGAUAAUACAACUCCUGCAGUUCCCAAUAUGCCCAAGCCAAUCUCUUCAAAUCUACACAACAGAGGCCCACCACCAGUGCCUGGUGGAAAUAGGUUAAGUCCAGCUGUGUCUCCUUCAACUGUAACAUCAUCUAGACCACAGGGCUUUGGAGGAAUCAAACAGCAAGCAUCAACACCACCACCAGUUCCUUCCAUGAACAGGCCACCACUUCCUCUAACUCCUUCCCGGUCAUUAGAGGACAGACCGCCACCGCCACCUCCAACUACAAACAGGCCAUCACUCAACAGAGAUGUCCCCCCACUUCCACCACCUCAGAACAAUAAGCCUCCUGUCCCUUCAACACCAAGACCAAUCUCUGGAUCACAGGCACCACCUUUGCCCCCAGGGCGACCAGGACCUCCUCCACUUCCUCCUACACCCAGUGCCAUGGAAGAUGCACUAAGGCCUCCACAACGUAAUUUGUCUUUACCUGGUGCUCCUCCACCUGCUUUAUCUCCUACAAGAUCUGGUCCUCCGCCUCUUCCCCCACCUAAUGAAAGACCCCCACCUCCUGUUAGAGAUCCACCUUCCAGAUCAGGCCAACUUCCACCUCCCCCUCCUACAACUAGAAAUGGUUUCACUCCUCGAGCUUCUCUAGGCCCCCAGCCACCAUCAAGAGUUGGGUCUGAAAGAGGUGUAUCAAGACCUCCACCACCUCCAGAAAGGCCAGUGGGUUCUUUACCUCCUCCACCAUCUGUGGCUAGAAAUGGUUUUCCAGAUUCAUCUUUUGAAGAUGAUUGGGAGCGACGAUUCUCCUUCCACCCGCUGUCUGAUUUACCUCCACCAGAGCCUUUUGUGCCAUCAAAUAAAACAUACCCCAGCCAACUUGUUAGAGGAGAAUGCAGAAGUGGAUCUGUCAGGAAAGAAAGAGGGGCCCCUCCUUUACCUCCCAUACCGAGGUGAAUUGGCUUUUACUAUGCAAUCGAUACCUGCUGGGGAUUAUCUGAUAUUUUUCAGGUGCUAUACACAUUGGAAUCUUAUUCUAACAAAGGCAUACACAGCAAGGUAUCAUGUAGGUAUUUUGAAGCCACCAAUUCAAAUAGAACUGUAUCAAUGAAUUGCCUUUAAUAACAGCCAAACCCUUGCUGUUAUUGAGAGCAUUAAAAACUAUUACAAAGCCAGAAAAAAUUGUGAUAUUAUCUUUUUAGGCCUUAUACCUUGUCAGGCGAUUGCACUGUUUUUAACAAUUGCCUCAUAAAAAAAGGACCUUCCCAAUGUUUUAAUUUACAUAUAAAAUGUUAAAAUGAAACCAUAUUGGUAGUGGCUGAGAUUUUAUGAUAUUAAAGGGUUAUAAAAUAA